AUGUCGAACCCAGAAGAUUACUGGGUCGGGUGGGUGUGCGCUACCGCGACCGAGUAUGUCGCAGCCCAAGCCUUUCUCGACGACAAGCACGACGGCCUUGCUUCCUACGACAAUCAGGACGACAACGUCUACACCCUCGGCCGCAUCGGCGUACACAAUGUUGUCAUCGCGAGCCUGCCUUGUUCCAACUAUGGCCUCGUUAGCGCCUCUAGGGUUGCCAAGGACAUGAUGAGGACAUUUAAGAAUGUGCGGUUCGGGCUCAUGGUCGGCAUCGGCGGCGGUUCCCCGACCGCGAAGCAGGAUAUCCGUCUAGGCGAUGUCGUGGUCAGCUCUCAUAGCGGCGAGCACGGCGCUGUGCUGCAGUAUGACUUUGGCAAGACUUUACAGGGACGGGAUUUCAAAAUCACCGGCCACCAAAACGCCCCCCCAACGAUACUCCAGGCAGCUAUCCAGGCUGUCAAGGCCGAAUACCAGAUGCAAGGUAACCGGAUUCACGAGCUUGUCGAAAAUGUCCUGAGCAAGUACCCUCGCUUGCGCAAGAAGUACCAACGUCCCGACCCUGCGACGGAUCGCUUGGUUCGGAGCGACAGUGUUCACGUGGGGGGUUCCGACGGGAAGUGCCCAUCCUGUAAUGGGCUUGGGGACGCGACCCUCGUACCGCGGAAGCCAAGAGGUGAAGACGAGGACAAUCCCAAGGUGCAUUACGGCCUGAUCGCCUCCGCCAACCAGGUCAUGAAAGACGCCCUAGUGCGCGACCGCCUAGCAGAAGAGAAGGGCGUGCUCUGCUUCGAGAUGGAGACGGCCGGUCUGAUGAACCAGUUCAAGUGUCUGGUCAUCCGAGGCAUAUGCGACUAUUCCGACUCGCACAAGAGCGAGGACUGGCGGGGCUACGCGGCCAUUGUAGCGGCAGCAUCAGACGAUACAAGCGGAUGGUUACUACUUCCCGAACCAUCGGCCAACUAUGCAAGGGCCCUGGGCCGGCGCCACGAGAACACGGGUCAGUGGUUCCUAGACAGCAACUAA